CCUUCGCCGUGCAGAAUUGGCGCCGGCAAGAGGCCGCGGUGGCAUCGCGUUUGGCGUCCUUCCCACCCCCUUCCCCUCGGUUUCGCUCCUGGAGGAGUUGCUUGUUGAGGUUUUGGUUGUUUUGGUUUUGUUUUGUUUUUUUUUUUUUUUUUUCCAAAUACAAGCCUCAGUCUUGAUUUUUUUUUUUUAAAACAAACAAACAAACCCGCUUUCCCCCACCCCCCCACCCCUCUCCCCCCGCACACAAGCCUGCCUCUGAGAGGGAAAUAGCCAGGUGGAAUCUCACUCUGUUUCCAUGGACAACCCGUCCAUUAUCACCCAGGUGACUAACCCCAAAGAGGAGGAGAUCCUGUCCUGCACUCAGGAUAAAGUGUCCCAAUGUAAUAUCAGCUUGAAGAAGCAGAGGAGUCGAAGUAUCUUUAGCACCUUAUUCUGCUGCUUUCGUGACUACAAUGUCGAGCCACCAUCUACCAACAGCACCAGUGCUCUGCCUCCGUUGGUGGAGGAGAAUGGAGGACUUCAGAAGGGUGACCAGAUGCAGGUCAUGCCUAUACCAAGUGGAAUAUACUAUUUCCACGGGACUGAAGCAGUGCAGCAGUCGUUUCACUACAAGCCACCAGCUAAAUACCUCCUGCCAGAACUGACAGCAUCAGACUAUGGGAAGAAGUGUGUGGUCAUUGAUUUAGAUGAAACUUUAGUGCACAGUUCAUUUAAGGUAAGUAAAUUCAGAAGAGAUCUCUUGCAGCUUGAAUCUGUCAGUGAAUGCUGCAGGAACUGUUAA